AGAAAUAAUUCUUCUCUGCCGCGGAUGACUUUUCCUUUUCGUCUCACAGCAGAGGGGAAGGAACGGAGCGUUUUCUGACGCUGGUCUGUUCACGCUGUCUAGGGGGGGGGAGACACAAACUGAGGCGCCUCCGCAACACAUACUGUGGCAUGUGACAGUUAGCGAGCGUCUUUUUACGCGAAGGAAUAGGAAAGGUGGUCGACAAGAAAGUGCUCGACCAGUAGAGGGGAUACAGAGAUCUCCGGUGGUUCCCCGGUCUCCCGCCGCGACGGAGAUGGAGCGGCUAUGCGGAACAGAUCGCCCCUUCUGGGUAGCCAAUCAGACGCUCCACACAGAUCGGCCCGACCUCCCAGAGUGUUUCCAGCUCUCUGUCCUGUCAUGGCUGCCGUGCAUCUACCUUUGGGCUGCCUGCCCCAUCUACCUCUUCUAUCUCAAGAGGAACAACAGAGGCUACAUCAUGAUGUCCAUUAUGAACAGAUUCAAAACGGUGUUUGGCUUGUUGUUAUGGAUUGUGUGUUGGACAGAUCUCUUCUACACAUUCCAUGAGCUGCGCCAGGGAAACAGCCAGCCGCCCAUCUACUUUGUCACCCCGCUGGUUCUCGGCAUGACCAUGCUGUUGGCCACGUUUCUGAUCCAGUUUGAGAGGUUACGUGGGGUUCAGUCCUCCGGGGUCCUCUUCAUCUUCUGGUUCCUGUCUGUGCUGUGUGCCAUCGUGCCUUUCCGCUCCAAGAUCCUGCAGACCUCCAGCCAGGGCGAAGUGACCGACAAGCUGCGAUUCACCACAUUCUACUUCUACUUCAGCCUGGUGGUCUGUGAGCUGAUCCUCUGCUGCUUCAAUGAGAAACCUCCUCUCUUCUCCAAUGUUGUCACAGACCCUAAUCCCUGCCCUGAAUCCACAGCAGGUUUUCUCUCCACCAUGACGUUUUGGUGGUUCACAAGCUUGGCCAUUAAAGGCUACAAAAUGCCCCUGGAGGCCAAAGAUCUUUGGACUCUGAACCAGCGCGACAGCUCCAAGGUGACGGUGCCCAAACUCCUCAACGAGUGGGAGAAGGAACAGGCCAAAGCAAAGAGUGAACAGAAUCUGUCCAGCCAGGCUGUGUACUCCAAGCCCCCGCCGUCAACCACCAACCACGUCGGAGGAGGAGGUGAAAGCAGCCCAGAGGAAGUAGAGGUGCUGCUGUCCAGUCGGAAAGCUGCUGUCCACCAGCCAUCUUUCCUACGUGCCCUCGUCAAAGCUUUUGGACCCUACUUUCUGAUCGGUUCGGCCUACAAGCUCCUGCAGGAUAUCAUCACCUUCGUCAACCCUCAGCUGCUCAGGAUGUUGAUCUUGUUCACAAAACAGAAGAAUGCUCCUGAUUGGUGGGGUUACUCGCUGGCCUUCCUCAUGUUCUUCACAGCCUUCCUGCAGACUCUCGUCCUCCACCAUCACUUUCAGUACUGUUUUGUCACCGGAAUGAAUGUACGCACAGCUGUCAUAGGAGCUAUCUACAGGAAGGCGCUGGUGAUAACUAAUGCUGCCAAGCGUUCAUCGACAGUGGGAGAGGUGGUCAACCUGAUGUCUGUGGAUGCACAGCGGUUCAUGGACCUCACCACCUUCCUCAACAUGUUGUGGUCUGCUCCUCUUCAGAUCAUGCUGGCACUAUAUUUCCUCUGGCAGAACCUCGGUCCAUCUGUGCUGGCUGGGGUGGCUGUCAUGGUCAUGCUGAUCCCUUUUAAUGCUGUCAUUGCCAUGAAGACUCGAGCCUACCAGGUGGAGCAGAUGCAGUACAAGGACUCUCGUAUCAAGCUGAUGAAUGAGAUCCUGAACGGCAUCAAAGUCUUAAAGCUGUACGCCUGGGAGAACUCCUUUAAAGAAAAGGUCCUGGCCAUUCGGCAGAAGGAGCUCAAUGUGCUGCGCAAGACAGCCUACCUGGGAGCGCUGUCCACCAUGGCCUGGACCAGCGCCCCUUUCCUGGUUGCCUUGACAACAUUUGCCGUGUAUGUGACUGUGGAUGAGAACAACGUCCUGGAUGCAGAGAGGGCCUUUGUGUCGCUCUCGCUCUUUAACAUCCUCAGGUUCCCUCUCAACAUGCUUCCCCAAGUCAUCAGCAGUAUCGUACAGGCCAGCGUCUCACUCAAGCGAAUCCAAAGUUUCCUGAGUCAUGAUGAGCUGGACCCAAAUUCAGUAGACAGAACGAGCACAGCCACAGAGUUUUCAGUGACAGUUGUCAACGGGAAAUUCACUUGGGCAAAAGAAGAUCCUCCUGUUCUGCACAAUAUUAAUGUGAUGGUGCCCCAGGGCUCGCUGCUGGCAGUGGUGGGUCAUGUUGGCUGUGGGAAGUCUUCCCUAAUCUCUGCGCUGCUGGGUGAAAUGGAGAAACUGGAGGGAGAGGUUUCUAUUCGGGGAUCAGUGGCAUAUGUACCUCAGCAGGCCUGGAUACAGAAUGCCACCCUGCGGGACAACAUCCUGUUUGGGAUACCCUACAAUGAGCAGAAGUACCUCUCCGUUCUGGAGGCCUGUGCCUUAACUCCUGACCUGGAAGUGCUGCCUGGAGGAGACAUGACUGAGAUAGGCGAGAAGGGCAUUAACCUCUCUGGUGGGCAGAGACAGAGGGUGAGUCUGGCCCGAGCUCUGUACAGCGAUGCGGAUGUCUACCUGCUGGACGACCCGCUGUCCGCUGUGGACGCUCACGUGUCCAAACACAUCUUUGACAACCUCAUCGGCCCAGGGGGGCUGCUAAAGGGCAAGACACGGAUUCUAGUGACACAUGGCAUCAGCUUCCUGCCUCAGGUGGAUAACAUAAUGGUGAUUGUGGAGGGCAGGGUGUCAGAGAUGGGCUCCUACCAGGAGCUGCUCAAACAGAACGGAGCCUUCGCAGAGUUUCUCAGGAACUACACCCUGGAGGACAUCAUAGAGGAGGAUGAGGCCACUGAGGGGUUAAUCGAAGAUGAGGAAUUGUUCCCUGACGAUGCCCUUAGCAACCACACAGACAUGGUGGACAAUGAGCCGAUGAUCAAUGAAGCCAAGAGAAAUUUCAUAAGGCAGAUCAGCAUCAUUUCAGCAGACGGAGAGAACCCCAGAUCCCGUUCAGUGAGGAGACACGGCUGCAGCCAGAAGAAACACUCAGAGCCACAAGAGAAGAAGAAACCACAUGAGGUGGAUAAACUCAUCCAGGCAGAGACCUCAGAAACAGGCAGGGUGAAAACAAAGGUGUACCUGGAGUACGCCAAGGCAGUGGGAGCUCUGCUCUCAGUGUUCAUCUGUUUCCUGUACGGCUGCCAGAGCGCCGCGGCCAUCGGAGCAAACAUCUGGCUCAGCCAGUGGACCAAUGACGCCUCAACAAAUCAGACUAAGGAGAAUGUUCAUAUAAGGGUGGGGGUGUACGCAGCGCUGGGCAUUGCACAAGGUGGGCUGUUGUUGGUUAACUGCCUGUUGUGCCGGGCCUACAGUAUGCUGCGGGCAGCCAAGCUCAUGCACCGCAACAUGCUUCAGGGGGUCCUGCGAGCUCCGCAGGCCUUCUUCGAGAGCACCCCCACUGGGCGGUUACUAAACCGCUUCAGCAAAGACGUGGAUGCUAUAGACUCCCACAUCCCUGACAAUAUUGACAUAUGGAUGCGCACUUUCUGGUACACACUGAAUGUGCUGCUCAUAUGCUCUGCCCUCACCCCAAUGUUCCUCAUAGUCAUAGUGCCAUUAAUGGUGUUCUAUUGGUGGGUUCAGAGAUUUUACGUUGCCACGUCUCGGCAGCUAAAGCGUCUGGAGUCAGUCAGCCGCUCUCCCAUAUACUCCCAUUUCUCUGAGACCGUCACUGGCUGUAGUGUAAUUCGAGCCUAUGGCAGACACUCUGCCUUUGUUCUGAUGAGUGAUAUGAAAGUGGAUGACAACCAAAAGAGUUACUACCCUGGUAUAGUGUCCAACAGGUGGCUCGGAGUGCGUAUUGAGUUUAUUGGGAACUGCAUCGUGUUGUUUGCUGCUCUGUUUGCUGUGACUGGAAAGGAUAAUCUGAACCCCGGCCUCGUGGGUCUGUCAGUGUCCUACGCCUUACAGGUGACCAUGUCUCUGAACUGGAUGGUGCGAAUGUCUUCAGAUCUGGAGAGCAACAUAGUAGCAGUGGAGAGAGUGAAGGAGUACUCUGAGACCAAGACAGAGGCCCCCUGGGAGGUGGAGGACAAGAAGCCCCCACCUGAAUGGCCCAUGGAGGGGAACGUGGAGUUCCACAACUACAGCGUUCGGUACAGAGAGGGACUGGACCUUGUCCUAAAGAAACUCACACUGAGCGUCAAAGGAGGAGAGAAGAUCGGUAUCGUGGGUCGUACAGGGGCCGGCAAGUCCUCCAUGACGCUCUGCCUCUUCCGACUGCUGGAAGCCGCAGCAGGAGAGAUCACCAUCGACGAGGUGAAGAUAUCUGAUAUCGGCCUGCACGACCUGAGGUCCAAACUCACCAUAAUUCCACAGGAGCCAGUGCUGUUCUCAGGCACACUGAGGAUGAACCUGGACCCCUUUGAGAAGUACAGUGAUGAAGAGGUGUGGAAAGCUCUGGAACAUUCUCACCUCCACAGGUUUGUCAGCAACCAGCCGGCAAAACUGGAACUGGAGUGUUCAGAGGGUGGAGAGAACCUCAGUGUGGGCCAGAGGCAGCUGGUGUGUUUGGCUCGAGCUCUUCUGAGGAAGACGAGGAUCCUCGUCCUGGAUGAAGCUACAGCUGCUAUCGACCUGGAGACAGAUGAUCUCAUCCAGUCCACCAUUCGGACUCAGUUUGAGGACUGCACCGUCUUUACCAUCGCUCACAGACUCAACACAAUCCUGGAUUACACAAGAGUGCUGGUGUUGGACAAGGGACAGAUAGCAGAGUUUGAUACUCCUUCAAACCUCUUAUCACAGAGAGGAAUCUUCUACGGCAUGGCUAAAGAUGCAGGACUGACACAGUAGAACCGCUUUUUGUCCCAAUGUUACAAACCAGGGUUGAGGAUCAGCUCAGCUCAGUUCAGUCUGACUCUGAACUUCAAACCUGGCAGUGGAACUGAAGAGUACCUUUUUUUCCAGGGCACUUACUGCUGGUUUUGAAUUAAGUCUGAACUCCUUUGCAGACUUGGAUCAAUUAGCAGUUGCAAACAGUUGUGUUUGUCUGAACCCACAUCAGGACAUUUACAUACUCGCCUGUGAUUGUGUGAAGUUUGUGGCACUGACUGUAUUGUCCUGUGUGGCAAACGCUGUCGCUUCGGCUUCUAAAUAGGAAAAAACAAGCCGUAGUUCUCGUCCGAGUUCUAGUUGAUCCGAGUCUGUUCUUUAGUGCCUUCUGCCUUUGGGAUUAAGCAAGCCAGUGAAUGUAUCAUUUUCUAAUUGGCUGUCUGCUGCAAAACAGCAACAACAAAAAACAAAAAAAAAAUGGAGGAACUUUUUUAUUGUAUUUUUUUCUACAAAGAAACAUACUGUGCCACUGUACUUUCCUCAUAAGAAAAAUCAUACACUUUUGUGAUAAACCCACUUAUUUUUGUACUGUACCAUUAUUUAAGCUACUUUUUAAAGAAUUGUCUCAUCUAGGGAAGUUUGCAGUUAAAAAUGUGAUUCUUUUGUGAACCAAAUCUAUAAAAACUUGAAUUCUGUACCACCAAAAUAUGAAAUAUGAUAAUGCCUUUAUUAAAAAAAAGGAAGACCAAUGUUUGUGUGUUGUCUUGCAAGUAGGCAUUGUAGGAAGUAAUAGAUUUGUAAACUCAGUUUACAAGUGAAAGGAUUGAGUCCUGUAGACCUCAUUUUAUUUAAAAAAAAGUGAAUAAAUUGGUUGUUGCAGUGAG